AUGUUCUGCAGAGAAUUUUAUGAGCUGAAACGUGACUUUUAUAUUGAUGGAGUCCUCUAUGGGAUUACAAAUGAUUGGGUGGAUCUCACUGCGAUGCUGAAUGCGGAAGAUUUGAGAGCAACCCGCAAAAGGCUCAUCGAAGAUCGAUGCGACAGAUAUCUGAUCGAGACAUUCCAUAACAUGAGAAACCGUUUCAAAAGCGAGAAGAACUGGAGACUUACAAAAUCCUGCGAGAAUUAUAUCAAUUUCCAAGUGCGCAAGAGGAACGAGCACAUUGACAGGAUGGAUUUUCUGGAGCCACAAAUGCUUAUCUUCGACCUUCACUGGUUCACACUCGGCGGAGCUUUGGAUUUUGUGAGAGAAAUUGAGAAAGCUUUGAAGAAUUGUAAGAAUAAGCUCAUCGAGCACGAUGAAGUUGUCACCCUAAUAAUUGGUAAAGGAAAUCAUUCCCGUCAUCAAGUGCCCGUGAUCUACAACAAACUUAUAGAAAUCUACUCGGAUAGGAUCAGUGUGGAUGUUAAGAAUACGGGGAGAGUUUUCCUUCAUUUUAAGAAGAAAAUCACUUACUCGGACGGGCUACAAGGUGUUCUAUAA